AUUGGUUUCAGAUAGCAGUGAAUGUCAAGUUAAUUAUCUUCAAGUGUGUCAAUAAUUGAUAAAAAUGGAUGACAUCUAUCAGAUUGAGUUCAGCCUGAAAAUCGCAUUGGGACAAAAUGAGUCGUUUGCUCCUGGGUCGAAAAACUCGAAAGUUCUGAAAAAAUAUCCUAUGUUUGCGAAAGUAUGCGACAGUAUACCAAAACUUCUAGACAUCCGAACCGAAGACUUCAACUCAGCCAUGAAAAUUACAAAUGUUCCUUUUUUCUUAGACGAUGAUGUGCUUAAAAAAUUUCUGACAGCGAGAGCUGAUUGCUUUUAUACUGAUUUGAAAAUCUUCAAGGACGACCAAGAUUUCACAAGAAGAUCAAAAUACGUUCUUUUUGCAUGUGAAACAGGCGCUGUGCAAUGUUUGUUGUUUAUCAAAGGCGUCGCUUUGAACGAUUCCUUUCAAUUGAAUCUGGACCCAAAUUCAGUCGGUGGUUCAGCUUACUACUGCAAACAAUAUCAAAGUCAGUUUUUACAAUCGCAGCAAACUCUAAAGAGUGAAAUAACAGAAUGGCUUGAAAAGUUUUCACGUGAGGAGGAAAAAGAGAAGGAAAAGAUAAGAAAAGGAGUGAAAAAAGUACGAGAAGGAAUGAACAGAGAAGUUGAAUACGACGAAGAUGGGUUUGAAAAGGUGGGAAACGGUAAUGCCGAUAAUGACGAUGACGAAGGCUGGACGGUUGUAAGUCGACAUGGGAAACGAAAAGCUAAAAAUAGAGGAACAGCGUUCACGCAGCGAAAUCAAGCACGAGCCCAGAAAGCGAUUGCAUUCCAACGGCACAAAAAACACAUAAUAAAUUUCUAUGCCAAUCAUCUGAAGAGCAAGAAGGAAAAACACAUGCAAGAACUGAAAAGCCGAUUCGAAAGAGACAAAUUGAUUGUGGAAAGAAUGAAAGCGACGAAUAGAAAAUUCAAUCCAGGUCUUACUUGAGGAUUGUGAAUAUUCUGGGGAUGGAGUUUAAAAUGAAAGUUGUGAGGCCAGGAGAACAAUGGAGAUGGUUUGACAAAAACAGAAGAAAGCUUAAAAAUAACUAGAAAAAAAACGAACUUGAAACAAUUAGAAAAACAAACAUUUGAUUUAAGACAAAUAUUUUUCGUGGAUUAAUGUUUAAAAAAGUGCAAAUAAACAUCAAGUGUAA